AUGGUGGCUCCACCGUUGCACGUGGUUCUCUUUUUGAUGGUUGCACGGCCUCCUGUUCACACUUCUCGGCCGUCCACUCAACACCUCAGAGCUCCUCGAGCCUUGAAAGCAGCGGAGCGUUUCGUACCGCAGAAAAGGAUGAACAACACUAUAGCUCUACUUGCAAUAGCGUUUGCUGUCGUUUGCGCUCACAACGGGGUUCGCGUAUCGUACACUUAUACAGGACCACGAGGCGAAGUUUAUGAUGGAGGUGAAGGAUUCGCAAGGAUUACGGGAGGCUCACAAGGAGGGGGAAGUUAUUAUGGCUCUCAAAGAGGUCUAGGAUUCGCAAGGAUUACGGGAGGCUCACAAGGAAGGGGAAAUUAUUAUGGCUCUCAAAGAGGUCUAGGAUUCGCAACGAUUACGGGAGGCUCACAAGGAUGGGGAGGUUAUUAUGGCUCUCAAAAAGGUCCAGGAUUCGAAACAAUUGUGGGAGGCUCACGAGGAUCAAGAGGAAGAGGUCAUCUUGCUCUUCUACCUCCAUAUCUUAUAAACAUAAAUGUGACGGCAAUAAAUGAGUACUUCACCAUAAUGGCGAACACUAGUAUGACUAUUGGCGAUAAAGAGAACAAACUUUAUGAGUGGGGAGCGAAAAAUGGAGUUAGUAGAGAAGUCGAGGAACUCAUUGCCAACAUAACCGAAUAUGAGGAAGAAAUUAAGGAGAACGUCUACCGAGUCCUUAAAUUUGUUUCCAAUCAGUUCCCGAGAAAUCCGCAUGGACGGCUAUGGGGAUUAUGUAAACUAAUGGGAAUAGGAGGAACAGGAUGGCCAAGAGGACCAAGGGGACCGCGAGGACAUGGACGGAAAAGAAACUGGAGUCAAGGACCGAACAGCUCAAUUGAGAGAGAUCGUUUUUAUCCUUAUUUCCAGAUAUAA